UGGCUUCCCCAAGCAGCCUCUGUUAAUUGCUCCAGGUUUAAAUUAUUUUCUGGGUUUGAAUUUAGUGCUGUCAUUUGCUAAUUAGUAAUUAGUAUCACUAAUUUAAGAUUUUGCCUUGUUAUUUACUGAGACUUAGUUUCUCCAUGAAUAUGGAGUCAAUUUAUGAGAUUGACCGUGUUGCUGAAUUUAUCUCAGCUAAAGGUUUCCGUCGAGUUGCACUUCAGUUCCCAGAUGAACUAUUGAAAGAUUCGACGAGGAUAGUUGCUGUUCUACAGGAAAAACUUCGCUCGUUCAACCAGUUACAUACCGGAAGUAAUGGAGAUGUAAAGGAUGUGAGGCUGUAUGUAAUGGCGGAUACUAUGUAUGGAAAUUGUUGUGUUGAUGAAGUUGGAGCAUCUCAUGCCAAUGCAGACUGCGUUAUCCAUUAUGGUCAUACUUGCUUCAGUCCGACGUCAACUCUUCCCGCAUUUCUUGUCCUCGGGAAAGCAUCACUAAAUGUGCCACUGUGUGCUCAAAAACUAUGCGAGUAUGCUAUAAAAGCUGGAAAACCUAUUUUGGUUCUUUAUGGACUUGAAUAUGCACAUGCAAUCACAGAAAUCAAAGCAUCAGUUGGUACUCAAUCAUGCUCCAAAUUGGAAGUUCGUUAUGCUGAUAUCACGUCUCCAGUUAUAACUCCAUCAGAAACUUUUAGCUCGAUGAUUGAGAAACCAGAAUUAAGUGAUGGUCAAUGUGCAAAUGGCUGUUCUACUGAGGAGAACAAUGCAUCGUACCAUAUUGGAGGGUUGACGUGGUCGUUACCUGUGGGACACAGGAUGGAGGACUACUUGCUUUUCUAUGUUGGUUCAGAUGACUCAGCCUUUGCCAAUACAUUAAUGUCAUAUAAUACUUGUGAAUUAGUCAGAUAUGAUGCUAUUGAAGAUCUUUUGGUGAAUGACUUUUCUCAGCAGAAAAGGAUUCUUAAGCGUAGGUACUUUCUUAUUGAGAAAGCAAAGGAUGCUAGCAUCAUAGGGAUCUUGGUAGGAACACUUGGAGUAGCUGGUUACCUCCACAUGAUUCAUCAGAUGAAAGACCUGAUAACACGAGCUGGGAAGAAAGCCUAUACUUUUGUUAUGGGGAGACCUAACCCUGCAAAACUUGCCAACUUUCCUGAGUGCGAUGUCUUCAUUUAUGUUUCUUGUGCACAAACUGCUCUUAUGGAUAGUAAAGAGUUCUUAGCUCCAGUUAUUACUCCUUAUGAAGCAAUGAUUGCUUUCGGCAGAGGAAACGAAUGGACUGGGGCUUAUGUGACAGAAUUUCGGGAUUUGAUUACAUCUUCCCCCAUGGAAGCGAAAGACCAGUCAGAAGCGCGGUUUUCAUUCAUUCAGGGUGGAUAUGUGGAAGAUUUUGAACAGCAAGAGAUUGAAGAUGUUGAGGAUGGAGUUUCUGCUUUAGUAAACAUCACAGAGAAGGCACUGCGUGUUCGUGACAAGGACUCGCAAACUCUAAAAACUGGAACUGCUAAAUCUGGUGCAGAGUACUUCGCGACUAGGUCAUAUCACGGGCUUGAUAUUCAUCCUGAAAAUAAUUUCCCCGAGCCGUUUUUAAUUGGUAAAAGUGGGAGGGCAUCAGGGUACAAGAAUGAAACUACACAAUAAAAUUUGUGAUAGGAGCCACUAUACAUUCAAGCUGAAUUUGUGGAGAUGCAGCAGGCAUCAUAAGGCGCUAAAAAGAUUUGUAACAUUGUAAUAUCAGCAGCUUGUGUAUACUUUUUGGUCCCAAUGGCUGUUUUAUUUCUUAGUCAUUGUAUGCGUAUAUAAUUUUGAUAAUCUUAGGGCCUAUAAAUUUCUUUUGACAAUUUUGGAAUAGUUUCUUUUUUUUUCAUAAGACCUUUUUCUUCUCUUUUUGUUGUUGUUCGUAGUGGCAAUGUUUUCUGUUUAACGCAAUUGUUCUUUGAAUCUGUAUAAUAUGUUUGGGUAACGUUACUGUUCUUUUC